UGACUACGUCACAUAAGCGACGAAUCUUACCCGUUUACAACUCUGCUAUACUUGAGUUAACUGGGUUAGUUUAUUAAUAAUUUUCCAGUAUGACGGCCAUGACUUUUCUGGACAGAAGUGUUCAGCUUUUAAUUCACGUCGGGUAUCUUAUUGGCAUGGCUCUAACACUUUGUUUCGUUUUCGUACUUUACCUUUCCAUUGCCAACAGUGAAAUCGUAAAUCGGUGUGUGUAGAUGGGCCCCUGCGCUUCGCUUCCUACUAUGGAGACCACAUGGUGCUGCAGAAAUCUCCAGAGAGAGCUGUGCUGUGGGGGUAUGGACCCGAGGGCGCACAGGUUACCGUCUCCUUGUCCGGACCAGUACCACAGAACACCUCAGCAGUCAACGUGACAAAAGGCAUCUGGCGAGUCACCCUGGAUCCUGUGGAUGCCGGUGGGCCCUAUAAUGUGACAGCAGCCUCUGAGGACUAUGAAGCCACUCUGACAGAUGUGCUGUUUGGAGACGUCUGGCUGUGUGGAGGGCAGAGCAACAUGUACUUUAAGACUAAUCAGAUUUUCAACGCAUCAGAGGAGUUGGUGCUUUCAGCCAAGUAUCCUCAUGUGAGGACCUUCAUGGUGGCUUUGAACACAGGUGAAACUGAGCUCACCGAUCUGAUUCAUGUGGAACUACCUUGGUCUGUGCCCAAAGCCAACGUUGCAGAGUUUUCUGCGGUGUGUUGGCUCUUUGGACGUCACAUGUAUGAUAUCUUGAAGUACCCGAUAGGGCUGGUGGAGUCCUGCUGGGGAGGCACACCAGUGGAAGCCUGGUCAUCUUCAAGAGCCCUGGAGCACUGUGGACUCAAGCCAACUAACACCAUGAUACAAUCUCUCGGUCCUAGAGACAACUCUGUUUUGUGGAACGCAAUGAUCCACCCUCUUCUCAAUAUGACCAUUUAUGGAGCUAUCUGGUACCAAGGCGAGGCCAAUGUGGACUACCAUCAGGACAAGUACAACUGUUCCUUCCCUGCUAUGAUUGAUGACUGGAGGAUGUCCUUUCACCAAGGCUCAGCGUAUCAGACUGCUCCAGAUUUCCCAUUUGGAUUUGUCCAGCUGUCCACGUAUGAAAAGAACUCCACGUACGACGGCUUUCCGAACAUCCGCUGGCAUCAAACAGCAGACACUGGCUUUGUCCCGAACCCCCGCUUGAAGAAGACCUUCAUGGCUGUGGCUUUGGAUUUACCGGAUCAAACCUCACCCUAUGGCUCGAUCCACCCCAGAGAUAAGCAGGACGUUGCUUACAGACUGACACUGGGUGCCAGGGCGGUGGCUUAUGAAGAGGAGAAAGUGACAUUCCUCGGACCUUUCCCCAAACACAUCCUGUCCGCUCAAACGUACAUCAACAUUACCUACGACCAAAAAGUCUCGGUCACGUGGUCCAAAGACAUCUUCGAGGUCUGCUGCUCAAACGUUACGACUCCAUGUGAGGCUUCGUCCCUCUGGGUUCCAGCUCUCAUCCAGCACCGGGGUUCAGACAGCGUGCUCCUAGAUGUCACCAAGUGUCCACCCCCCAGUGAAGUUGCUGCUGUUCGGUACGCAUGGAAAGACUGGCCCUGUGACUUUAAAGCCUGUCCUAUCUACAGCUCCAGUAACAUUUUACCUGCACCUCCUUUUAUUUUCAAUCGCUAUCCGAGCGUAGGAAACUUCUGGAAAACUACUGAGCCAGAUUUGCCUUAAAGUCUCAGCUGAUUGGACACAGCUAGACUGCUGUAAAAGUGUCAUCAGCCAUGUAGACAAAAUGGUGCUACACUGAAAAUGACGGGGAAAUAGGAGCAGAUUACAAAACCAAUUAUAGGAGGCAUGUUUUGCAUUGCUCGUGUAUGUUAACAUGGGUUUUUAUAAAGUUAAAGACUGGGAGAAAUCUUUUAAUUUCCACCAUUUGCCACUGCCACGACUGCCUGUUCUCCAACACUUGGAUUUUAGGUAGGUUCUAAGUAGAGUUUCAAAAUGAAAAAAGAAGAAAUGGCAGCAAGAGACCAAACAUUUUGAGGCAAUUUAUUAAAGGCUGAUUGAAAAAUCUCCCUUUCUGCCUGAUCCUCCGACAUAUCAUAGUUCUCCUAAACUGUGUCUUCUUCAAUAGCGGUUAAAGCAACUAACAUAUGAGGGAGUGAUGUAAAAUUUAGAUGGUGGUGCUAUCAUGAAUGCAUUUAAAAAGCAGAUUUUCUUUAAAACGGAUGAUUUUUAUGAUGUUUUAUUUCGGUAUAUGUUUAGAAUGUGUACAUAUAUGUUAUGUUGUUUCAUGUCCUCUGUAAAGCAUAAGCUGAUCGGUCACAGUUGGACUGCUCUAAAAGUUCCAUCAGCCAGGUAGACAAAAUGGUACGAAACACUGAGUUAAUUUUAUAUAUUAUUAGUCAGUUCAGGACAGACAUAAUGACCCAGAUGAGUUCAAUUUGUUUACAUUCACCUUGUGCAUUUAUGUAAAUAACCCUGACAAAUCAAAGUGGGCCAUGUAUUCCUCUCAGAGUAUAGUCCCCGUUCAUGCUGUCUGGAUAAUAAGCUCAUCUUGACAUGUAUUUAACCUCCCUGUCUUAGCAGAGUCAGAGCAACAUCUAAUUUGUUCACUUCAGAGUCACCAGAAUGGAAAAUAAUACCACUUGACUAAUGCUGCUGUGUAAUGUCUUAGGAUGGAUUCUCUCUAUAGAGCUUUCAGAACAAGUCUGUAAAUGUUAACUGAAGCAAAGGAUUAUGUGUACUCAACAAUGUCUCCCAUUUACUGCUGUGCCCAUGUGUGUGUUGACAGGCUUUGUUUAAAUGCAGCUUUGAAGCAGCGCAGAUAUCUGCUGGACUAUAUCAAUAUAGAAUAUCAUGACAAAGUUGUUUUUUUUUUGUGUCAAAAGUUACAACACUGAAGUAAUUUGGACAUCGCAUAAUUUGCACGAAUAAACAACACUAACACCUCA